CAGCGAUCUGCAUGCUUUUCCAUCAUUUCCCCGCGCUGUUCAAAUUGAUGUUUUGCAGUUAAUUGCCUUUAGCCGUGUCUCGCUUCCUCACACGAUUUAGACCGUCUUGGCUGAAGGAUUCAAUGGCCCGGCAACAGCCCAAUUAAUGCUUGUGACGUGUGAGGUGCCACUAGCCGUUGUCAAUGCCUAAUGCCAGGCAUUCAAUCAAUCACCUUCCUACAUCGACAGAUGCUUUUGAGAAUUACAGCAUCUAUUUGACGAUUACCGACCAUAGAAACGACGGCCAAAGAGAUAAAGGCUCGUCAAUAUGGCGCCACCAUGCGCAGACCCGCGGCAGGUCAUCAUCGCUUUAAAUCCUGCUAGGCGAAAGGCAUUGCUGGCCCUUGUCCAAGACAUCAUCUCCUACAUGAUCUCUGAGCUACAGACUCACCCAGACGAGCUUGGAUCCAUUGCUCCUGACGAUGAAGGCAACAAAUAUGAUGAAACACCGCGCUCGGACUCGCCGGGAAAGACGGGUACCUCUGUAUCUCAGGACGAGAAGCCUCAGAGCUUACCACAGCCAAGAGUCAAGACCACCAGGCAAGCAGAGAAAUCCUUAAGAGCGGCAUUGAAAUACACUCUGGAAUGGAGGGACGAAGUCGUAUCCAAGCUCGAGGAGAUUGUGAACGUGGAAGAUACCCAAAAGAUUGUGGCUGAGAGGAAAACCCGGCGUGAGAUGUUGGACAAGAAGCAACUCGAGAUGCCCAACGAUCGACAGCUUCUCGAUAUAGAUGGAGAACCGGUAGAUGAGACUGAGGAUGUCUCCAUGCUGCAAUCAGCAUACAAACCGAUACCCACUAGGCUGACAACCAUCCCGGUUGAGGACAGAGAGGAAGCGCUUGCCUGUGUGCUGCUGUUGCUCCUAUCUACUGGGAAGUAUUCCGCCCAUUCUCGCGCUCUGAUCCUUUACUUGGCGUCAUCUUUGGAGUUGUCUAGUACAUUCCUUAACAAGACAGAAGCGGAGAUCGCCAUGUCUCUCAUGGAAUCUUCUACGGCCAACAAUGACCAGAAAGAAGCAAUGUCAGCCGAUGCCGAAGCUGCUAAGCGUCGACAACAGAACAAAGUCAGCCGCUUUUGGAAAGUUGGGCUGGCAUCUGUAGCUGGUGCUGCGGUUAUCGGAGUCACAGGGGGCUUGGCUGCUCCUCUUGUUGCUGGAGCCAUUGGAAGUGUACUGGGGGGAGUUGGCUUGGGAGGUGUUGCGAGCUUUCUCGGCAUCUUUUGGAUGAAUGGAGCUUUAGUCGGGACUUUGUUUGGAGCUUAUGGCGCCAAGAUGACUGGCGAAAUGAUGGACAAUUACGCAAAAGAGGUGGAGGACUUCCGCUUCCUUCCACUCAGAGAGGAAGUUACCACAGAUGUCCCGGAGAAUCUAACUAAAGAGCAAAAAGAACAACGUCGCCUACGUGUUACCAUAGGAAUCAACGGCUGGCUGAACUCAGAGGAUGACAUCAAGAAACCAUGGCGCAUUCUCAGCACUGAUACGGAAGUUUUCGCCCUGCGCUAUGAGAUGAAGGUUCUUCUUAGUUUGGGAACCGCACUGAAUGACCUUGUCCGUUCCUUUGCCUGGACCGCGUUCAAGGCUGAAGUCAUCAAGCGAACUGUUCUGGCAACCCUUUGGGCUGCCCUCUGGCCAAUCCAGGUUUUAGCUGUCGCUUCUAACGUGGACAAUCCGUUCAACCGAGCGAAUAACCGAUCUAGAAAGGCCGGGCAGCUUCUUGCUGACGCACUCAUAAACAAGGUUCAAGGUGAAAGACCCGUCACACUUAUGGGUUAUUCACUUGGUGCUACCACGAUCCAUGCUUGUUUGCAGUCCCUCGCUGAGCGUCACGCCUUUGGUCUGGUCGAUACAGUCGUCAUCAUCGGCACUCCAGCGCCUUCUGAUCCAGCCCAUUGGCGGGCCAUCCGACCUGUGGUGUCUGGGAAGAUCUUUAAUGUCUAUUCCGAGAACGAUAUGGUCCUUGGUUUCGUCUACCGAAUGCACAGCCUCGCACUUGGAGUCGCGGGUCUGCAGCCAAUCAAAGAUGUCCAUGGCAUUGUGAAUGUGGACUUGAGUGAGAGCGUUAGCGGCCAUCUUCGGUAUCCUUCUCUUACGGGCGAGAUUCUACGCAAAUGUGGCUUCGUCAACGUCAAGGCUGGGAAAGAUAUCGAGAGAGACGAUGUCAUCCAGAUGAAAGAUAAAGAAGAAGACCUCAUUGACUUUGGAGAUGGUCAUAACAAUAAGGUCCAUGAUGGAGAUAGGUCUGCUGAAUCUCUGCAUGGCCUGACAAUUACGCCUCCGGCUCUUAUGUCACACACCGAGCCCGCCAAUCCACCUCUUCCGAAGCGGCCAACCAACGAGCUCGAAGUCGAAAGCCCGCGUCUUCCUCCGCGGAAAACCGAGUCUGCGCCUCCAGUUAUACAAGAUACAGACGAGGAAGCCCCUCCUUUACCUAGACGCCAGACGGCACCAUUGCGGCAAUUGACAAUCCCCCGACGCCCGGUUCCGACAACGACGGUGUCAACGAUGGUGGAGGAGCCUGCGAGCCCAGAAACGCCGCUCACCCCCCAGUACGAUUCUGAUGAUGGGCACCACAUGUCUAUCACGAUGGUGAAUAGAGAUGAGGAUGAUGACUAAGGUUUAAAGAAGUAUACCUUUAGGUUAGAUAUCAAUCUAGAGAUACUAGACAAGUAGCGCGAAUAUACAAGACUCUAGAUAUUUGUACCAACUAUAACAGAAGUAGGGGCAGCAGAGGAGAGGUAAUAGUAAUAGAGGGGAGUAGAUAAUACUAGGAGAAAGUAGCGACAGUAGAUGAUAGUAGCCAGUACUAGAAGAAUGUAGCGAUAGUAGGUGAUAGUAGGUAGAUAAUAGUAGCGGUAGUAGACGAUACUUAAGGAGCCAGCUAUCUAUUACAGAUAUCUAAC